UACGGGAUCGGUCCUGCAAGGAUAACGACAUGAUUAAAUUACCCGUCAUAUUACUACAGAUAUGUGCAAUAAUUCUGAUCAAUAUUGACUUGUUGGUGCCGAUCCUGGCGACGCGAAAACCGUCCCACACUGACCGGUUCCUAGUUGAAAACCACAGGACGCGCAGAAAAGAGAACUACGUGCUAGAGAGGGCUCUGACGAGUGGCGUAGAUAAUGAUAGCCCCGCCCUGAGUUACUCGGAGCCUUUGGAUUCGAACGGGAAUACGGACGAGUUGCCUGCCUUUAUAGUGGACUACGCUAACAUGAUCCGAAACGACAUCAUUCUGUUGGAUAAUUCAGUCGAAACGAGGACGAGGAAGCGAGGAAAUGUUAUGAUUCAAAGACCUGAUAAAGAAACAGCUUUUGAAGGAAGAUGCACUUGUGAACAAGAAGAAAGGCAACUAAAAGUCUUGGGCGACAAUUACAUUCCGAAAACUGUUGAGGAGACAAAAUGUAACAGCAGCCUUUGCGUCUUCCCGUACGGGUGCAAAGAGAGGCAUCAUUACAUAACGGUCUUAAAGGCCAGAAACAGUCUGAACGAAGAGUCUAAAGAGGAUUUGCCAAAAUAUUUUAAGAACUGGGUCGCCAUAAAAACAGCAGUCGUGGUCGGUUGUUUCUGCGUACGGGAACACGACGAGAGAGACGAAACGUACUAAAAGCAACACCGAAUCCACUUCAACAACAUGGCAUUGAAAUGUAAGCUUUAUGUUGUGUCACAUAAGAGUGAAUUUGUCGACGAGAUACGUCGUUUAGAAGUUGAAGAAUUCGGUCUUAAGGCUUAUGACCGAAUUUAAGCAAGCACAACAUAAUGGUGACAUUUUUUUGACGGGAGUUUAUCUAUUCAAUAAUGUUAUUGAUUGGUUAAUAGUUUGACGUUAGCCAAUCAAAAGCGCUAAUGAAUGUAUAAACUGAAUAAAACUCGGUAACUGGGCAGUUGGCGUUCAGUCGGUGCAGUGGUCAAAGACCUUAAAAUUAACUUAGGAGAUGAUGCGAAAUGGUUAUGCGGGUAUAUUUUCUAUGACGUAAUAAAAUGAUGAAGCUCAA